AUGUUACGACAAAACAAUCUUGACACUCUCGAGCCCUACAUUGAUGCUUUAGCCGAACUCAAGAAAAACCUCAUUCAUUUAUCUUUGAGAGAUAACCGCUUUCCAAGCUUCCCGAUUGAAUUGAUAUUGCUAACGAAUUUGACAUCCUUGUCGCUGGCCGAGAAUAGAAUAGGACGCAUUGCAGACGGGAUGAUGUCUAGACUUCCUAAUCUGCAGUGGUUAAAUCUUUCAAAGAAUCGACUGAGAGAUUUACCUGCUGAUAUUGUCAAAUGCUCUCAGCUAAGAGGCCUGGAUAUCACAAGCAACAAGCUGACUCGUACGUGUCUAAAGACAAUACCCAACGAAAUCUGCUUGCUCACACAACUACAAUGGCUUAAUGUCAAUGGAAACCGUCUUGCUGCUAUUCCUGAAUCUCUCUCCAAACUGACAAACCUUGUGAAGCUUGGAAUAGCACAGAACAACAUAGAAUUGCUACCUCCUCUCUUGUUUAUUCACAUGCAAAAGCUAGCGAAACUUGAUGUUCGAAAGAACAAGCUCAUGUACUAUCCUCCAUCCCUGCUCUCAACU